AAGCGUUUAGUGCAUUGUUUUGAGGUGAAAGUUGUGUUUAGAAACUUUGUCAUAGGGCUGAAAAGAACUUAGAAACAAAACAGAGUUUUGACCAGUAACUCCAGUCACGCCUCUUUUUCUCCUUGCAUACCUCGCUUUGAUUUACUUCUUAUGGGUCUUGCCCCCGGCCCCCAGUGACAAACCCCGCGUUGCGCGGUCUCUGGAGCCGCUCUAGAGCCGGGCGUGGGUGCGGAACGCGAGAGCGGAAGCACUGGCGUUGGUCCCCUUAGUCUUCCCUCGCGAGAUUGAGUGAUAUUUCUUUUAAUGCCCAUCUUAAAACAGGUUUUGAGUGUCUCUGGAAUAUCGGUGGAAACAUUUGAAUAAGAAUUUUAAAAGUCUAACAUCUGAUAAAGUCAGAAUGAAAGAUGGAAAAACCUUCCAUCAUUCAACAGUUAAGAACAAGAAUUAUCAAAAAGUUUGGUCAUCACCUUCAGAUCCUGUAUACUUUGAAGUGGAUGCUUCACAUGAAAGAUUAGAAAGCAUGUCAGAAGUGGAUGCCAUGAAUUUCAGUAGUCUUUUUCAAGACUUAACACAUGCAAACUCUUCCUUCCAUAUGCAAACCAGCAAUACUACCACAGACUUGCCUCAGAAUGAAAUAAAGACUUUAAAAAGGGAAAAUGAGCCAAAAGUCACACUUUCUGAAGAAAUUUAUAGCACACUAGAUGGUUUGUUAGGUGAUGUCAACAAUGGAAAUUAUUCACAGGAUGUGCUAACUGGGCCCAUUGACACCAGCAUUUCUUCCUUCAGACAGUGUGAACCCGUUUGCAAAUUUCAUCAGAUGAAAACAUUUAAUGAUGAAAUGAUAACAUUUCAAAAUCCAACAGGUGGCAUUCCUUACACAGAGAAGCCAGAAAUGCAAAGUCAUGUAUAUAAUUAUGCAAAAGACAAUAAUAUAAAGGAAGAUUCAGUUAAGGAAGAAAAUUCAGUGGAAACUGGCACUUCCACAAAUGAAGACCAACUUGCUCAUGAAUGUGUCAGGCAACCUCCUAGAAGUCCUGGAAUCCACUGCAGUAUAGAGACACUGAAAUUCAUGGACAUGUCACUGGCUAAAAAUACUGCCGAAGACUCUGCCCUCAACCCUAAUCAACCUGAAAGCUUCUUGUGUAAAGAAUGUAUGAACAGUGAUGUUGAAAACCCAUUUUACAAAGAGAAUAGCUUUAACCAGUAUGAUCUGAGAGCUAAUUAUAAAACAGAGGAGGUUACAGUUUCUUCAAAAGGGAUUCAGAAUUCUGGGGAGAUUCCUGAGAUGUCAGUCAGUCACCAAGAGGAAGUCGCAGUGGAGGACAUGGAGAGUCUAGAGAUUGUAUCAACUUACUCUCCCGCAGGCAUUGUGUGGAGUGGUGGGGCAUCUUGGGAGGACUGCGAGAUACCUGAGGCAGAGCAAAGUUUGGAAAACUUACAACCUCUGGAAGAGGAUAUGGCUUUAAAUGAAGUCUUACAGAAAUUAAAAUAUACUAACAAAAAGCAGCAAAUUCUGAUCCAAAACCUACAAUGUACUAACAUGUACUUAGAGAAGAAAGUUGAAGAAUUACUGGUGAAGACUAACAAGCAGCAGGUGUUGGUCGAUAUCAUAAAUAAGCUAAAGGAGAAUGUCGAAGCAUUAAUUGAAGACAAAUACAGAGUAAUGAUAGAGAAGAGUGAAACUGACAAGACAUUGCAGAAUUUGCAUGACAUUUUAACUAACACCCAAAAGCAUCUUCAGGAAUCUAGAAAAGAAAAGGAAAUCUUACAGGUAGAGCUUAAGAGGAUCAAGGGAAAUUAUGUUUGUCUACAGGAAAGGUACAUAACUGAAAUGCAACAAAAAACGGAAACUGUUAGUCAGUACAUAGAGAUGGGCAAAGCCUUAAGCAAGAAAGAAGAAGAGGUAGAGAGACUGCAGCAACUCAAAGAAGAAUUGGAAAAUGCUACGACUUCUGCUUUGGACUUAUUGAAAAGGGAAAAAGAGUCCCGAGAACAAGAGUUUCUGUCUUUACAGGAGGAAUUUCAGAAACGUGAAAAGGAAAACCUGGAAGAAAGACAGAAACUGAAAUCUAGACUUGAGAAAUUGGUAGCUCAAUUUAAAAAUGUGCAAUUCAUGUCUGAAAGUGAAAGGGCCAAGAAUACAAAGCUUCAGCAGAAGAUCAAUGAAGUAAAAAAUGAAAAUGCAAAACUUCAGCAGCAGGUUGCAAGGAGUGAGGAGCAAGAUUAUGUCCCUAAAUUUGAGAUAGCUCAGUUAAAGGAGCACUUAGAGGAAGUAAUGAAAUCAAAUAUCACAAAGGAUGCAAAGAUGAUACAUUCUAAUUUGUUCCUGAAUUACUCACCUUGUGAAGAAGAGAGCCUGAAUCCCCCAGAUGUGAAAAGGACUUUCCAGCCAGCCUUCAAAAUUCACAAUCUUAUGGCUCUGAUGACAAAACUUCUCACAUGCCAGGACAUCAGCAAUCUCACUGCUGAACAUUUCAAAGACUGUGAGAAAGUUAGUGAUGCAGUGCUGCAAAAAUUGAAGAGUUUCCAUCUUAAAAAGAAAAAUUUAGAUGAAGAGCUACAGAAACAUAAAGACAGAAUCGCAACUUUUAGAGAGUUAAUUGCUAAUGAAAAAGCAUUUCAAGAUCAAGUGAUUGACGUUACAGACUUUGACUCAAAUGAAGCCAAGAGUGCGAAUUCAAAUGAAGUCAGAGAUGUACCCACCUUAUUGGGAGCCAAACUGGAUAAGUACCACAGUCUAAAUGAAGAGCUUAAUAUCUUGAUUGCAAAAUUGGGAAAUCUUCUAGAGUCAAAAGAAGGCCACUGUACCAGACUCAUUGAAGAAAAUGACAAGUAUCAAAGACAUUUAGGCAAUUUAAUAAAUAAGGUUACAUCAUAUGAAGAAAUUAUUGAAUGUGCUGAUCAGCGGCUCAAGAGAUCUCACUCCCGGAUUGCACAGGCCCAGUAUCUACUGAGUCCUGGAAAAGUACCACCAAUGCCAUGUCUCCUCCAGACAAAGCUGAAUUCAGAGAAAACAAUUCACUGCCCUUUUAUAGCACCUGUGGUUUCUACCCACGUGCAGUUCCUGUAAAUAUUUUUCCAUGCAAAACCAAAUCAGAAAUUACAGAAAAUUUCGGAAUGCAAAUUUACAAGCUUUCUUCCAAAGUUCCAUUAUAGUCUGAGUACAGAGUGAUCAACAAUAUUUGCUUGGCUUAAACAUCCUAUUAAAAAUCCAUGCGUUUGUAUUCCUUGAUCACAGGGAAUAAGGUGAACUUGUGUUUACCCCUGAAACUUAUAUACCCAACAAAUAGCCAAAUUUAAAUAUAUACCAAAUUAAAAUAAUAUUAAU